CCCCCAUUGCACUCAAGGAAGAACACACACAAGCUGUUUGUAUCUAUUCUGCCACACAACUUGCUUUCAAUUGUUUCUCAAGCAACUGACAUUAUGGGGCUCAGCGAUCAGGAAUGGCAGAGGGUCUUGGAUAUCUGGGAAAAAGUGGAACCAGAUCUCCCUGUGCAUGGACAAGAGGUUAUUAUCAGGAUGUUUCAGAGCCAUCCUGAGACCAUGGAGCACUUUGGCAAGUUUAAACACCUGAAGACGCUUGAUGAGAUGAAGAGCUCAGAAGAACUGAAGAAGCAUGGAAUGACUGUCCUCAGUGCCCUGGGCAGAAUCCUGAAGCUCAAAGGGCAGCAUGAAGCAGAACUGAAACCACUAGCACACAGCCAUGCCACCAAACAUAAAAUUCCCAUCAGACACCUCGAGUUCAUUUCUGAAGUGAUUGUUGCUGUCAUUGCUGAGAAAUACUCUGCGGACUUUGGAGCUGAUUCCCAAGCGGCAAUGAGAAAGGCCUUGGAGAUGUUCCGGAAUGACAUGGAGAGCAAGUACAAGGAGUUUGGGUUCCAGGGCUAGCAAGGAUACAGAGGAGCAGUGCCUCCUUAGAGUCACAUUGAAAUAUGUAGCAGCAUAGGUGUUACUCAUGGAGAAGAACAGUCUUAUUUCAUUAUGUAGGAAAAUAAUUUGGCCCUUGAUUGAAAAAUUCACCCCCAACUAAGGCCCAGAUGAUAUGUGAUAGUAGCAGAUC